AUGACUCUCCAAAGAGCUGUCUUUAUUGUUCUCACUUUCGUUUACUGUGAAUGUGCAGAGAAACCUCACAUAAUAUUUAUAGUUGCUGAUGACCUCGGCUGGAACGAUGUUGGAUAUAUAAAUCCUCAAAUGAUCACCCCUAACCUGGACAGACUUGCCAAAGCUGGAGUCAUCCUCAACUCUUCAUAUGUUCAGCCACUGUGCUCGCCCUCCAGAAACUGCUUCAUGUCGGGAUAUUUCCCCUAUCACACUGGACUUCAAGAUGGCGUCGUAUUGGUCAACUCAGCAAAACACCUGCCGGUCAAUCUAACAACUAUACCACAGAAAUUGAAACAACUUGGCUAUGAUGCUCACAUGGUUGGAAAGUGGCAUCUUGGCUUCUGUAACGAGAAGUAUACACCCACAGAGAGAGGCUUUGACUCCUAUCUUGGAUACUACUCUGGAAUGGAGGACUACUAUACUCACGUAAGACAGGAAAGUAGCGAUGAAGUGGGGCUGGAUUUUCGCUUCAACUUGACCAUCAACAGAAGCGCCAAUGAGACCUAUUCUGCAAAUGUGUUUGCAGACAGAGCUGUUAGUACCAUUGAGAACCACGACAACAGUAAGCCACUUUAUCUAUACCUUCCAUUCCAGUCUGUACAUGGACCUCUUCAAGUGCCACCUAAAUAUGAAAACAUGUACAAGAAUAUAGAAACCGAAAACAGAAGGGUAUAUUGUGGAAUGGUUAGUGCUUUGGAUGAAGCUGUGGGAAACAUUACGAAGGCUUUAGAAGACAAAGGCCUCAUGGACAAUCUUUUGCUAGUCUUUACAACCGAUAAUGGUGGUCCCACAUUUGGUGCUGCUAAUAACUUGCCUUUACGAGGAGCCAAAAAUACUCUGUGGGAAGGGGGAACAAAAGGCACAGGAUUUAUCUACAGUAAAACCCUUCUGAAGAAGACAGGCUACCUCAACACUGGAAUGAUGCAUGCUGUGGACUGGUACCCGACGUUUGUGGAGCUGGCUGGUGGAGAGAACACAGACCCAAACAUGGACGGAGUCAGUCAGUACGACAUGCUCAUCAAUGGUGGACCCUCCAAACGGAAUGAGUUCGUCUACAACAUCUACGAUGAGCGGGAAGCAGCUGCAAUACGGUAUGGAGAUCUCAAACUCAUGCAAGGAAGUCCAGGAAUUCACAAUGGUUGGGCUCCUUUGCCACAUCUGGGAAUUGACGAAGGUGUCUAUGAAGCUGAUAACCAAACCUUCCCUCCCUUCAUGCUCUACAACAUUACUGCAGAUCCAACUGAACAUUUCGACCUCUCAGCCAAGUACCCUGAGCUAGUGGACAUGAUGAAGAAGAGGUUGGACAACUGGAAGAAAACCCGUGUCCCAGCCCAGGAUCCUACUCCAGUACCAAGAGCGAACCCAAAAUACUACGGCGGUGUAUGGAGUCCUGGGUGGUGUUGAUACAAAGUACGCUGAGAUUGUACACCCAAGAUAUAAUUUUCGCAUCCGAACAUGUUAGUGAUUCCUUGAAGAUAAAUAAAAAUAAUAGAUGAAUGUAUGGAUAAGUGCAUCCCCGUGAAGAUCCUGUUAGAAUUGGUCUUCAGGAACUCAUGAAUGGUGAAAGAGGCGACUAAUAGGAUCUGUUCGCCAUACUGCUGAGUUGGUUGCUAAUGAUGAUAUCAAUCAUGGAAUUGUCUGGUCCAGACUCAACUAUUUACAGAUGGCCGUCAUAUAGCCGGACGGAGUUUAUUAGACAAACAAUA